AUGAGCAGUGCCAUUCUGGAUCGGUUUCGCAGGGGCCAGGUGCAGGUGCUGGUGGCCAGUGACGCCAUGACACGUGGCAUGGACGUGGAGGGCGUGUUCAACGUCGUCAGCUACGAUGCACCUGUCUACCCGAAGACUUUUGUUCAUCGGGCAGGCCGAACUGCCCGGGCGGGCAGGCCGGGGCACUGCUACACGAUUCUGAGGAAGCAGGAGGUGCGGCACUUCAAGGCGGUGCUGGGGAAGGUGGGCUGUGCUGACUGCCCGCAGGGCAAGGCGCCGUCCCACCUCAUGGAGGGGCUCCGAGAGCACUAUGAUGCUGGUGAGUGCAGUGCGGGCAAGGCGCCGUCCCACCUCAUGGAGGGGCUCAGAGAGCACUACGAUGCCGUGAUGGCUGGUGGAGUGAUGCGGUCGGCACCUCCAUCGCUCCAUCCUCAUCCACUCUCUCACACCUCUCUCUCCUCACGCCUUCUUCCUGUUCCGCUUUCCCCCUCCCAAACCUCCUCGCCUGCAGCAUUGGAGCGCCUCAAGGCAGUGGUGGGGGAGGAGGAGCGAAGAGGCAAGUGA